CCAUAUAUCUUUCUCUCUCUCUUUUUUUUUUACAUAAAAAAAAGAAGCAAAAAAGAAGAAAAAGCAUUUUCGAAUAAUUUUUUUUUCUCUUUUUAUUAUUAUUAUUAUUAUUAUAUAUUUUUACUCUUACAAAUUUAUGUUUAUAUAACCUAAAAAAAAAAAUUACAAAUCAAAUCAAAUCAAAAAAAAAAAAAAAUGAAUACCAUGAUCCAUACACCCACCAUCAUUAAUACUUCAUCUUUUGAAGGCAUGCCCUUCUUGCAUGAUGACGCCACCUAUUACGGAGAGCAUGAGGAAGAGUUAGAAGUCAAGCCAUAUCAACAAGGAGAUGACUUUAGACCUACCUUUUACAACCCAUUCGAAAUCAAACACCGUAGAAGAACUUCCCGUGCUCAAUUCAAGGUACUCGAAAAGACCUUUCUUGAAAACCCCAAGCCCAAUGCAUCUAUUCGAAGAUGGCUUGCCCAAAAACUAGUCAUGACCCCGCGUGGAGUACAAGUGUGGUUCCAGAAUCGUAGAGCCAAGGAAAAGACCGUCAAUUCUAAAAAAUCGCCUUCCUCUUCUUCUUCUUCUUCCUCCUCCUCCUCUUCGGUCAUUCCUAAUACUCAAUCCAGUCAAUCUACCCUCUCACUUUUGUCAGAGCCUUUGGUUAAACAAUCUUCUAUCGAUAGCUUUAUCUCACAAGAAUCACCUUCACCAGUUCAAUCUACUUGUACCUGCAAUGACUGUCAAUUAUUUAUGACUACACCCAUGAGUCGUACAUUGUCCUACCCUCCAUUCUAUCAAAGUGACGCUUGUUCCACCAAUGCCGAUGAAGAAGAGUUACUCAUGACACCCGUCACCCCCUUUGUUGACACAGCCAAUCCAUUGAUGUAUGAAUACCCCAUCUUUAUGAACAGUCAAUGGCAAGAUACCAAGAGAGAAGAUUAUCCUCAAUUCACUCCACAACAAAUCAGACGCAACAUUUACAAUGAUGCCAUGUUGUUUGAUGACUCUGUACGUAGAUACUCUCAACCCACAACUACUACUGUCACUACCAAUGCUGAUCGUCUCAUGCAAUCCACCGAGGUCUUUCGUCGUUUGUCAGAACCUAUCUUUGAUGGAGGAGACAUGAACUUUUUGAACCAACAACCCAUGUACGACACAACUCAAUUUGAUUUAUUACACAGAAAUCGUUACAUGAUGUAACUCAACACCCCUCACUCACUCUCAUUUACUCUCUUUCUUCUCCUGCUUCUCUCCUUUUUUUUUUUUUUCACUUUAUGCUUAUGUGUAUAUACUUUUUUUUUUCUCUCUAUGAUUCUGCGUGGUUGUAUGCCCUUCCUCUUUUUUUUUUUAUGCCCUUUUUUUUUAUCUCUCUCUUUUUUUUUUUUAAUUUAUUAUGCUUUGAUCGGCCGGUUCUGUUUCUUUAUAUCAAAAAAACAAUAUCUUUUUUUUGUUAUUUUUCUCCUUUAUUAUUCCCUCCCCCCCUAUCAUUUUACUACCCCCCCCCCACUCCCCUCUUCUUUCUCCCUAAUUUAAAAUUAUAAAUUUUUUUUUUAU